AUGUCGCAAAAGAUCGCCAUCGUCUCCGUCUUUGACAAGACGGGCCUGCUGGACCUGGCUAAGGGCCUCGUCGCGCAGAAUGUCCGCAUCUUGGCUUCUGGCGGCACCUCUCGCAUGAUCCGCGAGUCUGGCUUCCCCGUCGAGGACGUCUCUGCCAUCACAAAGGCCCCCGAGAUGCUGGCGGGCCGCGUCAAGACUCUGCACCCCGCCGUCCACGCUGGCAUCCUCGCCCGCAACCUCGCGUCCGACGAGAAGGACCUCGCCGAGCAGAACAUCAACAAGGUGGACUAUGUCAUCUGCAACCUCUACCCCUUCAAGGACACCGUGGCCAAGCCCAACGUCAGCGUCCCCGAGGCUGUCGAGGAGAUUGACAUUGGUGGCGUGACCCUCAUCCGUGCCGCAGCCAAGAACCACAAGCGUGUGACCAUUCUCUCCGACCCCAACGACUACGCCGGCUUCCUGUCCGAGCUGGAGAAGGGCGAGAUCACCGAGGAGAGCCGCAACCGCUACGCCCUCAAGGCGUUUGAGCACACGGCCGACUACGAUACGGCCAUCUCCGACUACUUCCGCAAGGAGUACGCCUCCGGAGGCGACCAGUACAUGGCCCUGCGCUACGGCGCGAACCCCCACCAGAAGCCCGCCGCUGCGUACACCACCGAGGGCAAGCUGCCCUUCAAGGUCCUGGGCGGCUCCCCGGGUUACAUCAACCUGCUCGAUGCGCUCAAUGCCUGGCCCCUGGUCAAGGAGCUCAAGCAGGCGCUCGGCCUCCCCGCCGCGGCCAGCUUCAAGCACGUCUCGCCCGCCGGUGCGGCCAUUGGCACGCCCCUCAGCGAGGACGAGCGCAAGGUCUACUUUGUCAACGACAUUGAGGGCAUUGAGACAUCUCCUCUCGCCCAGGCCUACGCGCGCGCCCGUGGCGCCGACCGCAUGAGCUCGUUUGGCGACAUCAUCGCCCUCUCGGACGUGGUCGACGUCCCCACCGCGAGCAUCAUCUCCAAGGAGGUCUCGGACGGUGUCAUCGCCCCCGGCUACGAGGACGCCGCACUCGAGAUCCUCAAGAAGAAGAAGGGCGGCCGGUACCUGGUCCUGCAGAUCGACGAGGAGUACACCCCGGGCCCCACGGAGACCCGGACCGUCUACGGCAUCAACCUCCAGCAGCACCGCAACGACUACCUCAUCACGCCCAAGUCGUUCAAGACCAUCAUCACCCCCAAGGACGCGGGGUCCCUGUCCGAGUCGGCGGCCCGCGACCUGUCCGUCGCCACCAUCACCCUCAAGUACACCCAGAGCAACUCGGUCUGCUACGCCGUCAACGGCCAGGUCGUCGGUCUCGGGGCCGGCCAGCAGAGCCGCAUCCACUGCACCCGCCUGGCCGGCGACAAGGCCGACAACUGGUGGAUGCGCUUCCACUCGCGGGUGCUGGGCAUCAAGUGGAAGAAGGGCACCAAGCGCCCCGACAAGAGCAACGCCAUUGACCUGCUCGUGAGCGGGCAGCUCCCCAAGGACGGCCCCGAGCGCGAGGCCUUUGAGGGUGUCUUUGAGGAGGUCCCCGCUGCCUUUACGGACGAGGAGCGCGAGGCCUGGAUGAAGGAGCUCAAGGACGUGGCCGUGUCCAGCGAUGCUUUCUUCCCGUUCAUCGACAAUGUCUUCCGCGCCGCCCGCUCGGGCGUCAAGUACAUUGCCGCGCCGGGCGGCAGCCAGAACGACGCUGCUGUGUUUGAGACGGCGGAGAAGCUGGGUAUCACCUUUGUGGAGCAGAACAUCCGCCUCUUCCACCAUUAA